GAGGAGUUGAUGUGUCUCAUUAUAACAGCCAAUGCAGCCGCCAUCCACGCACAAGCAAAGAAGCAUGUCCCAUUUAAAUACACCCACGCAGCCCCAGCGCCCUUAGCUGCUCAGGGCGCGCAGCCCACACGCACCGCGACUCCGGGCUUGGAGAUCCGCGCAGCCUGGGCUCCCGGAGCCGGCGGACUGACGCGCGGAGGAUCGCGAUCAGGCGCUGUGGGGCCGGGGUGGGCGGGGGAGGCUGGGCCCCGGGCCUCUGGCGCGACACCCGCAUGAGGACGCGAGUGAAGUAGACCGAGGUGGAAUUUUCAACGGGGAAUCUUCGGGGUGGUUUUGGUCCAUUUCUCCCGCGAAGAAGUCGACAUGGCGAGCGACUCUCCGGCUCGCAGCCUGGAUGAAAUCGAUCUCUCGGCUUUGAGGGACCCUGCAGGGAUCUUUGAAUUGGUGGAACUUGUUGGCAAUGGAACAUACGGACAAGUGUAUAAAGGUCGUCAUGUCAAAACGGGCCAACUUGCAGCCAUCAAGGUUAUGGAUGUCACAGGGGAUGAAGAGGAAGAAAUCAAACAAGAAAUUAACAUGUUGAAGAAAUAUUCUCAUCACCGGAAUAUUGCUACAUACUAUGGUGCUUUUAUCAAAAAGAACCCACCAGGCAUGGAUGACCAACUUUGGUUGGUGAUGGAGUUUUGUGGUGCUGGCUCUGUCACUGACCUGAUCAAGAACACGAAAGGUAACACGUUGAAGGAAGAGUGGAUCGCGUACAUCUGCAGGGAGAUCUUACGAGGGCUGAGUCACCUGCACCAGCAUAAAGUGAUUCAUCGAGAUAUUAAAGGGCAAAAUGUCUUGCUGACUGAAAAUGCAGAAGUUAAACUAGUGGACUUUGGAGUCAGUGCCCAGCUCGAUCGAACAGUGGGCAGGAGGAAUACCUUCAUCGGGACGCCCUACUGGAUGGCUCCAGAAGUUAUUGCCUGUGAUGAAAACCCAGAUGCCACAUAUGAUUUCAAGAGUGACUUGUGGUCUUUGGGAAUCACCGCCAUCGAGAUGGCAGAAGGUGCUCCCCCUCUGUGUGACAUGCACCCCAUGAGAGCCCUCUUUCUCAUCCCCCGGAACCCAGCGCCUCGGCUGAAGUCUAAGAAGUGGUCAAAAAAAUUCCAGUCCUUUAUUGAGAGCUGUUUGGUAAAGAAUCACAGCCAGCGACCAGCAACAGAACAACUGAUGAAGCAUCCAUUUAUACGAGACCAACCUAAUGAACGACAGGUCCGCAUUCAGCUCAAGGACCAUAUUGAUAGAACAAAGAAGAAGCGAGGAGAGAAAGAUGAGACGGAGUAUGAGUACAGCGGGAGUGAGGAAGAAGAGGAGGAGAAUGACUCAGGAGAGCCCAGCUCCAUUCUGAACCUGCCUGGUGAGUCGACGCUGCGGCGGGACUUUCUGAGGCUCCAGCUGGCCAACAAGGAGCGGUCUGAGGCCCUGCGGCGGCAGCAGCUGGAGCAGCAGCAGCGGGAGAACGAGGAGCACAAGCGGCAGCUGCUGGCCGAGCGCCAGAAGCGCAUCGAGGAGCAGAAAGAGCAGCGCCGGCGGCUGGAGGAGCAACAGAGGCGAGAGAAGGAGCUGCGGAAGCAGCAGGAGAGGGAGCAGCGGCGUCACUACGAGGAACAGAUGCGCCGGGAGGAGGAGCGGAGACGCGCAGAGCAUGAGCAGGAAUAUAAGCGUAAACAGUUGGAAGAACAGAGACAAGCAGAAAGACUACAGAGACAGCUAAAGCAAGAGAGAGACUACUUGGUUUCCCUUCAGCAUCAGCGGCAGGAGCAGAGGCCUGUGGAGAAGAAGCCACUGUACCAUUACAAAGAAGGGAUGAGUCCUAGUGAGAAACCAGCGUGGGCCAAGGAGGUAGAAGAACGGUCAAGGCUCAACCGGCAGAGUUCACCUGCCAUGCCUCACAAGGUUGCCAACAGGAUAUCAGACCCCAACCUGCCCCCACGGUCAGAGUCCUUCAGCAUCAGUGGGGUUCAGCCUGCUCGGACACCCCCCAUGCUCAGACCAGUAGAUCCCCAGAUCCCACAUCUGGUAGCUGUGAAAUCCCAGGGACCUGCCUUGACCGCCUCCCAGUCGGUGCACGAGCAGCCCACGAAGGGCCUCUCUGGGUUUCAGGAGGCUCUGAACGUGAGCUCUCACCGUGUGGAGAUGCCACGCCAGAACUCGGAUCCCACCUCUGAAACCCCACCUCUCCCCACUCGCAUUGAGAAGUUUGACCGAAGCUCUUGGUUACGACAGGAAGAAGACAUUCCACCAAAGGUGCCUCAAAGAACAACUUCUAUAUCCCCAGCAUUAGCGAGAAAGAAUUCUCCUGGAAAUGGUAGUGCUCUGGGACCCAGACUAGGAUCUCAACCCAUCAGAGCAAGCAACCCUGACCUCCGGAGAACUGAGCCCGUCGUGGAGAGCCCCUUGCAGAGGACCAGCAGUGGCAGUUCCUCCAGCUCCAGUACCCCUAGCUCCCAGCCCAGCUCCCAAGGAGGCUCUCAGCCUGGGUCACAAGCAGGAUCCAGCGAACGGACCAGGGUUCGAGCCAACAGUAAGUCGGAAGGAUCACCUGUGCUCCCCCAUGAGCCUUCCAAGGUGAAACCUGAAGAAUCCAGGGAAAUUACCCGACCUAGUCGACCGGCUAGCUAUAAGAAAGCUAUAGAUGAGGAUCUGACCGCAUUAGCCAAAGAAUUAAGAGAACUCCGGAUUGAAGAAACAAACCGCCCACUGAAGAAAGUGACAGAUUACUCCUCCUCGAGUGAGGAGUCGGAAAGCAGUGAUGAAGAGGAGGAAGAUGGAGAGAGCGAGACCCAGGACGGGACGGUGGCUGUCAGCGACAUACCCAGACUGAUACCCACAGGAGCCCCCGGGAGCGCUGAGCAGUACAAUGUGGGAAUGGUCGGCAUGCAGGGGCUGGAGACCUCUCACGCAGACACUUUCAGCAGCAGUAUUUCAAGAGAAGGGACCUUGAUGAUAAGAGAAACAUCUGGAGAGAAGAAGCGAUCUGGCCACAGGGACAGCAAUGGCUUCGCCGGCCACAUCAACCUCCCGGACCUGGUGCAGCAGAGCCAUUCCCCUGCGGGAACCCCCACUGAGGGCCUGGGGCGCGUCUCCACUCACCCCCAGGAGAUGGACUCUGGGACUGAAUAUGGCAUGGGGAGCAGCACCAAAGCCUCCUUCACCCCCUUUGUGGACCCCAGAGUGUACCAGACGUCUCCCACUGAUGAAGAUGAAGAGGAUGAGGAAUCAUCAGCUGCCGCUCUGUUUACUAGCGAACUUCUUAGGCAAGAACAGGCCAAACUAAAUGAAGCAAGAAAGAUUUCAGUGGUAAACGUAAACCCAACCAACAUUCGGCCUCAUAGCGACACACCAGAAAUCAGAAAAUACAAGAAGCGAUUCAACUCAGAAAUACUUUGUGCAGCUCUGUGGGGUGUAAACCUCCUGGUGGGAACUGAAAAUGGCCUGAUGCUUUUGGACCGAAGCGGGCAAGGCAAAGUUUAUAAUCUGAUCAACCGGAGGCGAUUUCAGCAGAUGGAUGUGCUAGAGGGACUGAAUGUCCUCGUGACGAUAUCAGGAAAGAAGAAUAAGCUACGAGUUUACUAUCUUUCAUGGUUAAGAAACAGAAUAUUACACAAUGACCCAGAAGUAGAAAAGAAACAAGGCUGGAUCACUGUUGGGGACUUGGAAGGCUGUAUACAUUACAAAGUUGUCAAAUAUGAAAGGAUCAAAUUCUUGGUGAUUGCCUUAAAGAAUGCUGUGGAGAUAUAUGCUUGGGCUCCUAAACCAUAUCAUAAGUUCAUGGCAUUUAAGUCUUUUGCAGAUCUCCAGCACAAGCCACUGCUUGUUGAUCUCACAGUAGAAGAAGGUCAAAGAUUAAAGGUUAUUUUUGGUUCACACACUGGUUUCCAUGUAAUUGAUGUUGAUUCAGGAAACUCUUAUGAUAUCUACAUACCAUCUCAUAUUCAGGGCAAUAUUACUCCUCAUGCCAUUGUCAUCUUGCCUAAAACAGAUGGAAUGGAAAUGCUUGUUUGCUAUGAGGAUGAGGGGGUGUAUGUAAACACCUACGGCCGGAUAACUAAGGAUGUGGUGCUCCAAUGGGGAGAAAUGCCCACGUCUGUGGCCUACAUUCAUUCCAAUCAGAUAAUGGGCUGGGGCGAGAAAGCUAUUGAGAUCCGGUCAGUGGAAACAGGACAUUUGGAUGGAGUAUUUAUGCAUAAGCGAGCUCAAAGGUUAAAGUUUCUAUGUGAAAGAAAUGAUAAGGUAUUUUUUGCAUCCGUGCGAUCUGGAGGAAGUAGCCAAGUGUUUUUCAUGACCCUCAACAGAAAUUCCAUGAUGAACUGGUAACAGAAGAGCACUUGGCACUUAUCUUCAUGGCGUUAUUUCUAAUUUAAAAGAACAUAACUCAUGUGGACUUAUGCCAGUCUAGAGGCAGAAUCAGAAGGCUUGGUUGACCAUACCACUUUACCCUUUUCCUCUCCCUCCACCCGUCCCGGUACAGUCCAUCUUUCAAUGUUGCAGCCUGGUUGAGAAGGAGAGAAAAAGGUGGCAGGAAUUUCCCGGAGAUCCCCAAGAAUGCUGCGUUGUCUGUGGACAAAGAUGGACCAUGUGCUCUUCGGAGUUAGGGAUAGAAACAAAUAUUGUGUGCUCUUAUGAUUAAGCUGUGUUCUGCUGGGUUUUUGAGGGUUUUUUUUGUUGUUGUUUUUUUACCUUUUUUCUUUGCCCCUUUACUUUGUAAGAAUGGGGAAAGAAUGCAUACUGAGAAAAUGUCUGUUUUUAAUUCUGUCUGCCUGCUAGCUUUAAGUAUACAAUGUGUUGUAAAAUUUCCAAUUUCGAAUGGUGAGAGACAGCACAAUAAAUGUACCUUAUCUCUUUACACUGAAGGCCAUAACUACAUAGUGGGGUAAUUGUAGAACUCUUUUGCCUUCACGAACCCAAAAGGUUGCUUUUUGAUAGCAACUGCUAAUGGAUUUUUAAAAGAGAAGAAAAAUACUAGUUUUCCCCUCUUACGGGAAAUAGAUUUUAAAUGGCUAAACUACUAGCCUUAGACUAAUAAAAUCAACUACCAUUUUUGUGAGUCUGGCAGGCCCUAUUUUAUAUGGCCCUGUACAGAACAGAGUGUGUUGAAUGGGAUAGUAGUGCCAUUGAGUUGAGUUGGCUCUAGUGAAUGAGGGACUCUAUAAUACAACAUUGCCUCAGUGAUUAUGCAACAGAUCAGGGCAAAAGAUGGGAUGACAGAGGGGGUCAGACAGAAAGAGCUUCUGGAAACAAGCUAAAAAUGUAUAUAGACACACACACACACACACUUUUUUUUUUUUCCAAAUGCACAAAACUUCCCAGCUAAGAGGUCACUCUGUUCAGGCUUCAUUAGGAGUUAAGACUUUGUUCUUUCUGGGAAUUGGAGGAUAAAUAAGAUCCAAGCUCUGGUCGUUCCCAGCUUUCUCCUGAGGGUGCCACUUUCCCAAGAUGAAAACUGUGGCUGAAAAAAUAAUAAUAAUAAAUGUUUCUGAGCUGCCUGUGUUCUCUCUGGGUUGGUGAGAGAAGGGACUAGACUACUAAGCCUGCCUGAGACCCAGUGGGCAUCAUCGGUUCAGAUGUUAUAGAACUUGAAAGCAAGGCUUUGGCCAAAAUUCUGAGACCCUAAUCAUUUUACCUUCCUCCAAAUUACCCAACAUACGGUAAACAACAUUUGUGCAGAAUAUGUAUGUAUUUCGUUCAGGUUGACUUAUGUCCUUAUAGACUUUUACGCGGAUGAUUUGAACUUUUACGUGACUGUCUGGGAUUUUUUUUUCCAAAGCUACCAGCAUGGCCGCCUGUGGUAUCAAGGUGUUGCAAAACGAUAUCUGUGUUGCGCUUCCUGUUUUAACCUACCUCGUUUCGUUUGUUUUGUUUCACUGUUCAUCACAGCAGUGUUAUCUCCAGGAGACAUAUAGAGAGCUCAACUGGCAAUCUCGGGUGCACUUAAUAUUUUAAAAUAAAACAGUAGUUGACCAAAUUGUUCUUCUUGAAAAAUUGGAAAAAAAAAAUCCAACAACAAAACUAAUGUGGCUUGUUUCUGGAGAAAACAAUUACUCUAAACAGAUCAAAAAACAAAAAAUCUAUGAUCCUACUGAUUUUGCCUAAAUACAUGAGCAGCUGAUGUACUAUUAAUGAGAACGAAAUACACAUUAGGAAAACGGCGCCAUUUCAAUCUGGUGGCUUGGGCAAGAGGGGGACAGGGAAGGGGAAAUAUUCUAGUUCUGUUAUAGAUGAUUCUGCCCCUCCUGUAAAGGUGGUUGUCAUUUGCAUUUAUUUUAAGCAGGUAACACAGGUAUGGAAUUGAGGAUUAUCUUCAGGCGAUCACCAAGAUGUCCUCAUUGUGGUCCCUUUAGUGCUCAAAAGCAAUGCUAUCCUCCCGUUCUCAUUUUUACUGCUAAGGUUCUGCUGCUGGACAAUAUUAGCUUCACAAAUUCCGUGCAACAAAUUCAGCAAUAACGUUUUGGAUUGAAUUUAGCAACUACUGUAAUUGGAUGCUGACGUGGACAAGAUAUAUUGAUUUGGGGCUCAUCCCCGCAUGUGAUUGCCACCAGCUCUUUAUAUUGCUGCUGUGGUAUUUUAAACCAGAAGCUUCUUUAAAUUAUGUUGCAAACUGAUCUUUGUUUUUAUGUUUUGUUUUGUUUUUAUUUCUAAGUGGUAAGUUCGAAACACACAGCUUUAAAUGAUUUUUUUAUUGUGGGAUUUGGGGUACAGUUAAGAAAUAAAAGGGAAUCAUUGUGUUUAAACAUAAGGUAGUUUGUGAAUGUAUUUUUUAAAGCCUAGAUUCAUUGAAACAAAAAAUCAUAAGAGAACAAUAUUAAUGCAGUCUUGUUUACAGUAUGUACAGUGACAUAACAUAGAACAUGAGCUUUUCUGGUGCCAACAACAAUAAAACACAGACGUUAAACAUCAAGCCAUGCCUUUUAUAUUUUUGUACAAAUAUCUUACACAGAGUACAAGGCAAAACCAAAUUUAAAAAGGGCCCCCCACAAAGCU